AUGACCUCUCUUACACUAAUCUCUCUAUUUCUCUCUCUCUCUCUCUCUCUCUCUCUCUCUCUCUCUCUCUCUCUCUCUCUCUCUCUCUCUGUUUGUCUGUCUGUCCUUUAUGUGCUGCCUGCUGCUGUUUUCUCAGACAAAUAUAAUGACAUUAAACAACCUCCAAAGAUCACAAACCAGGCCGUGUCCCAGACUGUGUUUUCUCUGGAUGAUGUCAAUCUGGCCUGUGAAGCAAGCGGAGACCCUAAACCCAGCUUCCGAUGGGUUAAAGAUGGGAAUCAGUUUGGGGAGGUUCUUCUGGGCUCUGGUACCCUGACAGCAGAUAAAACCAACGAACUUGGGUUUUACCAGGGAACGUACCGCUGUUAUGCAGCCAAUGAGCUGGGAACGGCCGUGUCUGAUGUGGUGCAUUUGACUACAGAAGCUGUUCCAACCUUGCCUAAAGAGAAGGGACAGAAAAAGCAUGAGUUUGAGGAAGGAGUGAGCACCGUCCUCAUCUGCAACCCUCCGAAAAGUUCUGUCACUCCUAAAAUACACUGGAUGGACUCUCAAUGGAGUCACAUCCCACAGAGCGAGCGUGUAACAACGAGUCUGGAUGGAAACCUCUACUUUGCCAACUUGUUGCAAAGUGACAGCAGAAAUGACUACACCUGCAACGCUCACUAUAUCAAUGCCAGCAUCAUCCUGCCUAAAGAACCCAUCUCCAUGUCCGUCACACCAUCAAAUUCAGUGGUGAAGAAUCGUCGACCCCGGAUAAUUUACCCAGCAGGAACUCACAGCUCAUAUCUGAUCCUGAAAGGACAAACCCUGACACUGGAGUGUAUUCCUGAAGGACUACCGACACCAGAGGUGCACUGGGAGAGGAAGGACAGCCCUCUAUCUUCCACCAGUGCCAAGAUAGUGAACUACAAACGCUGGCUUCAGUUUGUGAAUGUGUCCGAGAAGGACGACGGCGAGUACGAAUGCACUGCCAGAAACAGUCAGGGCUCUGUCACACAUCACUACACUGUGACAGUAGAGGCUGCUCCGCACUGGACCAAGAAGCCUGAGGAACACCUAUACGCUCCUGGAGAGACGGUAAAACUGGACUGUCAUGCAGAUGGCAUCCCUACACCAAACAUUACAUGGAGUAUCAACGGUGUUCCUCUCUCAGGAACAGAUUUGGAGCCGAGGCGGAGCGUGGUCUCAGGCACUUUGAUUCUGUCGAACGUUCAGUACAGCGAUACAGCCGUCUAUCAAUGUGAAGCCACCAACAAACACGCAACUAUACUACUCAACACACACGUCCAUGUCGUUGAGCUUCCUGCUCAGAUCCUGACAGCUGAUGGAUUAGUGUACAAGAAUACAACUGGAUCAACCAUCAUACUUAAAUGUAGAACGUUUGGUUCCCCGAGACCCAAGGUGGACUGGGAGAUUUUCGACUCUAGUCCAGCUGUGUCCAAUGCUAAAAUGUCUCAGAUGGCCAAUGGAAAUCUUCAGAUCAGUAAUGUGAGUCAGGAGGAGAGUGGCAUUUACACAUGUUCAGUGAGAGACAGUAACAUAACCAUCAGCGCCGUACUUGAAGUCUUAAACAGAACAAAAAUCGUGGCUCCACCCCAACACCUGCGGGUCAUUCGUGGAAAUGAUGCUGUUUUACAGUGCAAAUUUAGCGUGGACCACCGGUUAAAACAUCCCACCAUUCAGUGGAAGAAAGACGGACACAAGAUUGCGGCAUCUGCUAAUGACGACAAGUACACUGAAUAUCCAAAUGGCUCUCUGAAGGUGACAGAUGUACAGAUUCAGGAUUCAGGAGAAUACGGUUGUGAGAUAAGUACUGAACUAGAUUCAGAUGACGCCAGCGGCUCCAUCACAGUGCAGGAUAAACCAGGUGCUCCUCUUUUUGUGGAGAUGUCUGAAAAGAGGGAGCGAAGCGUUACUCUGACCUGGACGGCUGGCGAUGAAAACAACAGCCCUGUUUUUGAAUAUAUUAUAGAGAUGAAGGAGGAGCAGUGUACAGAUGCAAGCACAUGGAGGGAAUAUGAGAGAGUUCAUCAAGACAUCAAACAGAUUGAGAUUCAUCUGCAGCCGUUCUGCAAGUAUCAUUUCCGGGUCAGAGCUGUGAAUGAGAUCGGAAACAGUGAACCCAGUUCUGAAUCUGAAUCCUACAUCACCCCUGCUGCCAAGCUUCCUCCUCAGAUCCUGACAGCUGAUGGAUUAGUGUACAUGAAUACAACUGGAUCAACCAUCAUACUUAAAUGUAGAACGUUUGGUUCCCCGAGACCCAAGGUGGACUGGGAGAUUUUCGACUCUAGUCCAGCUGUGUCCAAUGCAAAAAUGUCUCAGAUGGCCAAUGGAAAUCUUCAGAUCAGUAAUGUGAGUCAGGAGGAGAGUGGCAUUUACACAUGUUUAGUGAGAGACAGUAACGUGACCAUCAGCGCUGUACUCAAAGUCUUAAACAGAACAAAAAUCGUGGCUCCUCCCCAACACCUGCGGGUCAUUCGUGGAAAUGAUGCUGUUUUACAGUGCAAAUAUAGCGUGGACCACCGGUUAAAACAUCCCACCCUUCAGUGGAAGAAGGAUGGACAUAAGAUCGCGGCCACUACUAUUGAAGACAAGUACACUGAAUAUCCAAAUGGCUCUCUGAAGGUGACAGAUGUACAGAUUCAGGAUUCAGGAGAAUACAGUUGUGAGAUCAGUACUGAACUAGAUUCAGAUGACACCAGCGGCUCCAUCACAGUGCAGGAUAAACCAGGUGCUCCUCUUUCUGUGGAAAUAUCUGAAAAGAGGGACCGAAGCGUUACUCUGACCUGGACGGCUGGCGAUGAAAACAACAGCCCUGUUUUUGAAUAUAUUAUAGAGAUGAAGGAGGAGCAGUGUACAGAUGCAAGCACAUGGAGGGAAUAUGAGAGAGUUCAUCAAGACAUCAAACACAUUGAGAUUCAUCUGCAGCCGUUCUGCAAGUAUCAUUUCCGGGUCAGAGCUGUGAAUGAGAUCGGAAACAGUGAACCCAGUUCUGAAUCUGAAUCCUACAUCACCCCCGCUGCCAAGGUUCCUCCUCAAAUCCUGACAGCUGAAGGAUUAGUGUACAGGAAAACAACCGGAUCAACUGUCAUACUUAAAUGCAGAACAUUUGGUUCCCCAAGACCCAAGGUGGACUGGAAGAUUUUCGACUCUAGUCCUGCUGUGUCCAAUGCUAAAAUGUCUCAGAUGGCCAAUGGAAAUCUUCAGAUCAGUAAUGUGAGUCAGGAGGAGAGUGGCAUUUACACAUGUUCAGUGAGAGACAGUAACGUGACCAUCAGCGCCAUACUUGAAGUCUUCAACAGAACAAAAAUUGUGGCUCCUCCCCAACACAUGCGGGUCAUUCGUGGAAAUGAUGCUGUUUUACAAUGCAAAUAUAGCGUGGAUCACAAGUUAAAACAUCCCACCCUUCAGUGGAAGAAGGAUGGACAUAAGAUUGCGGCAUCUGCUAAUGAAGACAAGUACACUGAAUAUCCAAAUGGCUCUCUAAAGGUGACAGAUGUACAGAUUCAGGAUUCAGGAGAAUACGGUUGUGAGAUCAGUACUGAACUAGAUUCAGAUGACGCCAGCGGCUCCAUCACAGUGCAGGAUAAACCAGGUGCUCCUCUUUCUGUGGAGAUAUCUGAAAAAAGGGAGCGAAGCGUUACUCUAACCUGGACAGCCGGCGAUGAAAACAACAGCCCUGUUUUUGAAUAUAUUAUAGAGAUGAAGGAGGAGCAGUGUACGGAUGCAAGCACAUGGAGGGAAUAUGAGAGAGUUCAUCAAGACAUCAAACACAUUGAGAUUAAUCUGCAGCCGUUCUGCAAGUAUCAUUUCCGGGUCAGAGCUGUGAAUGAGAUCGGAAACAGUGAACCCAGUUCUGAAUCUGAAUCCUACAUCACCCCCGCUGCCAAGCUUCCUCCUCAGAUCCUGACAGCUGAUGGAUUAGUGUACAGGAAUACAACUGGAUCAACCAUCGUACUUGAAUGCAGAACGUUUGGUUCCCCGAGACCCAAGGUGGACUGGAAGAUGUUCGACUCUAGUCCAGCUUUGUCCAAUGCUAAAAUGUCUCAAAUGGCCAAUGGAAAUCUUCAGAUCAGUAAUGUGAGUCAGGAGGACAGUGGCAAUUACACAUGUUCAGUGAGAGACAGUAACAUGGCCAUCAGCGCCAUACUCGAAGUCUUCAAAAGAACAAAAAUUGUGACACCUCCCCAACACCUGCGGGUCGUUCGUGGAAAUGAUGCUGUUUUACAAUGCAAAUAUAGCGUGGACCACCAGUUAAAACAUCUCACCAUUCAGUGGAAGAAGGACGGACAUAAGAUUGCGGCAUCUGUUAAUGACGAAAAGUACACUGAAUAUCCAAAUGGCUCUCUGAAGGUGACAGAUGUACAGAUUCAGGAUUCAGGAGAAUACGGUUGUGAGAUCAGUACUGAACUAGAUUCAGAUGAUGCCAGCGGCUCCAUCACAGUGCAGGAUAAACCAGGCGCUCCUCUUUCUGUGGAGAUAUCUGAAAAGAGGGAGCGAAGCGUUACUCUGACCUGGACAGCUGGCGAUGAAAACAACAGCCCUGUUUUUGAAUAUAUUAUAGAGAUGAAGGAGGAGCAGUGUACAGAUGCAAGCAUAUGGAGGGAAUAUGAGAGAGUUCAUCAAGACAUAAAACAGAUUGAGAUUCAUCUGCAGCCAUUCUGCAAGUAUCAUUUCCGGGUCAGAGCUGUGAAUGAGAUCGGAAAUAGUGAACCCAGUUCUGAAUCUGAAUCCUACAUCACCCCAGCUGCCAAGCUUCCUCCUCAGAUCCUGACAACUGAUGGAUUAGUGUACAGGAAAACAACUGGAUCAACCGUCGUACUUAAAUGCAGAACGUUUGGUUCCCCGAGACCCAAGGUGGACUGGAAGAUUUUCGACUCUAGUCCAGCUGUGUCCAAUGCUAAAAUGUCUCAAAUGGCCAAUGGAAAUCUUCAGGUCAGUAAUGUGAGUCAGGAGGAGAGUGGCAUUUACACAUGUUCAGUGAGAGACAGUAACGUGACCAUCAGCGCCAUACUUGAAGUCUACAACAGAACAAAAAUCGUGGCUCCUCCCCAACACCUGCGGGUCAUUCGUGGAAAUGAUGCUGUUUUACAAUGCAAAUUUAGCGUGGACCACCGGUUUAAACAUCCCACCCUUCAGUGGAAGAAGGACGGACAUAAGAUUGCGGCAUCUGCUAAUGAAGACAAGUACACUGAAUAUUCAAAUGGCUCUCUGAAGGUGACAGAUGUACAGAUUCAGGAUUCAGGAGAAUACGGUUGUGAGAUCAGUACUGAACUAGAUUCAGAUGACGCCAGCGGCUCCAUCACAGUGCAGGAUAAACCAGGUGCUCCUCUUUCUGUGGAGAUAUCAGAAAAGAGGGAGCGAAGCGUUACUCUGACCUGGACAGCUGGCGAUGAAAACAACAGCCCUGUUUUUGAGUAUAUUAUAGAGAUGAAGGAGGAGCAGUGUACAGAUGCAAGCACAUGGAGGGAAUAUGAGAGAGUUCAUCAAGACAUCAAACACAUUGAGAUUCAUCUGCAGCCGUUCUGCAAGUAUAAUUUCCGGGUCAGAGCUGUGAAUGAGAUUGGAAACAGUGAGCCCAGUUCUGAAUCUGAAUCCUACAUCACCCCUGCUGCCAAACCCGACAUGAACCCAGAGAAUGUGACAAGUGUGUCUACAGAUCCCAACAGCAUGAUCAUCACAUGGAAGGAACUGGAGCGGCGAGAGUUCAAUGGGCCUGGAUUUAAGUACAAGGUCCACUGGCGUCAUGCUUCAGGCAGAGAUCUGCACUGGAAGAAAAGCAUCAUCUCAGGCCCUCCCUUCAUAGUUAAUGACACGGGCACCUUCAUUCCCUUUGAGAUUAAAGUUCUGGCAGUCAAUGACGAGGGCCCAGGCCCGGAGCCGGUGGCAAAGCUUGGACACUCAGGAGAAGACAUACCUCUGGAAGCUCCGUUUGGGGUUACGGUCGAGGAACUGCCAUCAAACAAAACCAUCAUCAGAGUAAGAUGGAGUCCGGUCAGUAGAGAAUCAGUGCGAGGACACUUACUGGGCUACAAGAUCCAUCUAAGAAGAAAGGGUCCCAGAACUCACUUUCACAGAGGGCUGGAAAAGAGCUGGCUUGCGGUAAAUAACAGAGAGCAGGAGAGAGAUGAAGAGAGAAGAGUGCUGAAGGUUUAUGGAAACAAGCUGGAGGAGGUUGUGAGCGGCCUGCAGUUAUACUCAAACUAUACUCUGACUGUGACAGCGUUCAACGGCAAAGGCGAGGGACCGCAUUCAGAUCCGCAUCACUUCAGCACACCAGAGGGAGCUCCUGGACCACUUACUGACUUAUACUUUGAGAGUCUGUCUGGGACACAGAUCACCCUACGCUGGCAAACUCCACACAAACCCAACGGUGUCAUCACAGGUUACGUGUUAAAGUACCAAGAGAUUCUGGAUGGAAAUUCAAGUCCAAGGCAAGUGGAAUAUAUCGAUCUGCCGGCCGUUACCAAGUUUACGGUGGAUAGCCUCAAUCCGCAGAGUCGUUACCUAUUUAACCUGAGAGCUCGCAACAGUGCUGGCGUCGGUGAGCCGAUAAUAAGAGAGGGUGCCACCAUGCUGGAUGGAGAACCUUCAUCUGUAAUAAACAUGACUGUGGGUGAGACGCCAGUCAACCUCAGCUGGGGGCCCGAAGACAAACAUCAAAACUUUGCCUUCAGCUUUGGUUACCUGAAAAAAGAAUAUAUUAUAGAGAUGAAGGAGGAGCAGUGUACAGAUGCAAGCACAUGGAGGAAAUAUGAGAGAGUUCAUCAAGAUAUUAAACACAUUAAAAUUCAUCUGCAGCCGUUCUGCAAGUAUCAUUUCCGGGUCAGAGCUGUGAAUGAAAUGAGAAACAGUGAACCCAGUUCUGAAUCUGAAUCCUACAUCACCCCUGCUGCCAAGCUUCCUCCUCAGAUCCUGACAGCUGAUUGGUUAGUGUACAGGAAACCAACCGGAUCAACUGUCGUACUUGAAUGCAGAACGUUUGGUUCCCCAAGACCCAAGGUGGACUGGGAGAUUUUCGACUCUAGUCCUGCUGUGUCCAAUGCUAAAAUGUCUCAGAUGGCCAAUGGAAAUCUUCAGAUCAGUAAUGUGAGUCAGAAGGAGAGUGGCAUUUACACAUGUUUAGUGAAAGACAGUAGCAUGACCAUCAGCGCUGUACUCAAAGUCUUCAACAGAUCAAAAAUCGUGGCUCCUCCCCAACACCUACGGGUCAUUCGUGGAAAUGAUGCUUUUUUACAAUGCAAAUAUAGCGUGGACCACCAGUUAAAACAUCCCACCAUUCAGUGGAAGAAGGACGGACAUAAGAUUGCGGCAUCUGCUAAUGAUGACAAGUACACUGAAUAUUCAAAUGGCUCUCUGAAGGUGACAGAUGUACAGAUUCAGGAUUCAGGAGAAUACAGUUGUGAGAUCAGUACUGAACUAGAUUCAGAUGACGCCAGCGGCUCCAUCACAGUGCAGGAUAAACCAGGUGCUCCUCUUUCUGUGGAAAUAUCUGAAAAGAGGGGCCGAAGCGUUACUCUGACCUGGACGGCUGGCGAUGAAAACAACAGCCCUGUUUUUGAAUAUAUUAUAGAGAUGAAGGAGGAGCAGUGUACAGAUGCAAGCACAUGGAGGGAAUAUGAGAAAGUUCAUCAAGACAUCAAACACAUUGAGAUUCAUCUGCAGCCAUUCUGCAAGUAUCAUUUCCGGGUCAGAGCUGUGAAUGAGAUUGGAAACAGUGAGCCCAGUUCUGAAUCUGAAUCCUACAUCACCCCCGCUGCCAAACCUGACAUGAACCCAGAGAACGUGACAAGUGUGUCUACAGAUCCCAACAGCAUGAUCAUCACAUGGAAGGAACUGGAGCGGCGAAAGUUCAACGGGCCAGGAUUUAAGUACAUGGUCUACUGGCGUCAAGCUUCAGGCAAUGAUCCAUACUGGAAGGAAAGCAUCGUCUCAGGCCCUCCCUUAAUAGUGAACGACACGGGCACCUUCAUUCCCUUUGAGAUUAAAGUUCUGGCAGUCAAUGACGAAGGCACAGGCCCGGAUCCGGUGAUAAAGCUUGGACACUCAGGAGAAGACAUAGCUUUUGAAGCUCCGUCCGGGGUAACGAUUGAGGAACUGCCAUCAAACAAAACCAUCAUCAGAGUAAGAUGGAGUCCGGUCAGUAGAGAAUCAGUGCGAGGACACUUACUGGGCUACAAGAUCCAUCUAAGAAGAAAGGGUCCCAGAACUCACUUUCACAGAGGGCAGGAGAGAGAUGAGGAGAGGAGGGUGCUGGAGGUUUAUGGAAAUAAGGAUGAGGAGGUUGUGAGCGGCCUGCAGUUUUACUCAAACUAUACUCUGACCGUGACAGCAUUCAACGGCAAAGGCGAGGGACCACAUUCAGAUCCGCAUCACUUCAGCACACCAGAGGGAGCUCCUGGACCACUUACUGAUUUAUACUUUGAGAGUCUGUCUGGGUCACAGAUCACCCUACGCUGGCAAACUCCACACAAACCCAACGGUGUCAUCACAGGUUACCUGUUACAGUACCAAGAGAUUGUGGAUGAAAAUUGGCAGGUGGAAUCGAUUGAUCUGCCGGUCAUUACGGAGUUUACGGUGGAUAAUCUCGAUCCGCAGAGUCGUUACCUAUUUAACCUGAGAGCUCGCAACAGUGCUGGCGUUGGUGAGCCGAUAAUAAGAGAGGGCGCCACCAUGCUGGAUGGAGAACCUCCAUCUGUAAUAAACAUGACUGUGGGUGAGACGUCAGUCAACCUAAGCUGGGUGCCCGGAGACAGACAUCGAAACUUUGCCUUCAGCUUCCGUUAUAUGAAAAAAGUGAGUGGUGGUGAUUGGGAAGAGUCUGAACCGGUGAACUCCACACAGGCGUUUUAUCAGCUGCAGGGUCUGGAGCCGGGCACACACUAUCAUCUCCAGAUCCAAUCUGGAAACACUUCACACGACUGGGACUUUCAGACCAAAGGACUAGGAACAGACCUGACUGAAUUAUUAAAACCAAAGGGGCUACAAGCUCCUGGACCACUUACUGACUUAUACUUUGAAAGUCUGUCUGAGACACAGAUCACCCUACGCUGGCAAACUCCACACAAACCCAACGGUGUCAUCACAGGUUACCUGUUACAGUACCAAGAGAUUCUGGAUGGAAAUUCAAGUCCAAGGCAGGUUGAAUCCAUCGAUCUUCCGGCCGUUACGGAGUUUACAAUGGAUAAUCUCGAUCCGCAGAGUCGUUACCUAUUUAACCUGAGAGCUCGCAACAGUGCUGGCGUCGGUGAGCCGAUAAUAAGAGAGGGCGCCACCAUGCUGGAUGGAGUGAGUGGUGGUGAUUGGGAAGAGUCUGAGUCGGUGAACUCCACACAAGCGUUUUAUCAGCUGCAGGGUCUGGAGCCGGGCACACGCUAUCACAUCCAGAUCCAAUCUGGAAACACUUCACACGACUGGGACUUUCAGACCAAAGGACCAGAGCUGGAGGAACCGGCCAGUGGUUUCGCAACUCAGGGCUGGUUCAUUGGGCUCAUCUCGGCUGUGGUUCUCAUUCUUCUGGUUCUGCUCAUUUUGUGUUUCAUUAACAGACGCGAAGGAGGAAAACAUUCAGUAAAAGAUAAAGAGGAAGGCCAAGCUGAGUAUGGAGCUCGCCCCAUGAAUGUGUUUGGUGAAUACAGUGAUAAUGAGGAGAAGCGCUCCAUCAGCCAGCCAUCCGUCUGUGAGAGCAAACGCAGCAGUAACGACAGUCUAGCUGACUACGGCGACAGUGUCGACAUCCAAUUCAAUGAGGACAGCACCUUCUUUGGCCAGUACAGCGGACGUAAAGACGCACAGGGCCAUGGCGAUCACGAGAGUUCGGGUGCCACAUUUCCAAUGAACCCUUACAUGCCGCCGCCCAGCAUCAGUUUUCCCAACUCUUUCACGGGCAUCCUGGGACCGAAUUAGCCCUGCUAUCACACGCACGCACACACAUACACCUACAUCCACCAUAGACUGAUAUGAGGACCAUACAAUGCUACACAAUGCUACUCUGAUGGUAUUAGACAGGUUAUUGAUUCCAGGACACACAACCGUUGUCACACACACAACAACCAUCACACAAACACAUCAAGCAUCUGCCAUACAGCAUCUGCAGAAUGAGGCUGCCGAUACGGACAGGUAAAGGGUUUAUACAACAGAUCUGGGCCUUGUUCACACCGCACGCAAAUCCACUGUUAUUGCAAGUGAUGUAACUGGAUCAGACAGUGUAGUAUGUAUAUCAUGAUCGUGAUUUGCUAACAUAUUCAAAUAAAAUUCCCCUUUGGUGACUAACAGCAUGAAAUGUGUCAGUAAAGCUACAGCUGAUGUUAUCUCGUGUUAGCACUGCGGCUGAAUGGCCCUCAUGUUGUCCUGCGCUCCACUGUGUCCAUCCUUAAUUUCUAUUGUCCACCUAUUGUCCGAAUUCCCGUUUGUACAUUUCCUUUGGUGUGUAAGUGUGUAUUAGUAUGUUAACGAUAUGAAAUAGGUACAUAACCAUAAACCACAUGAAGACAUUGUAUUAUACCAAAUAUACAAAAUAACAUUGUUUUUAGCAAUGAAAUAGGUGCACUUUAAGCUUGCAGAUAAUAGCGUUCAGUGAAAAAUUAUGCAAAUUUCUACCUAACGGCCCAUAAUAGUGAAUAUAAUCAAAUUCGUGUUUGUCUGGCGUCUUCUUUCUUGUGUGAGCUUUGUUUGUUGGCUCUCUGUUGGUCUCUAGCAUCAGAGUUUCCCCCGUUCAUAUGUAAAGCGCUUUGAGUACUGAGAAAAGCACUAUAUAAAUGUAAGGAAUUAUUAUUAUUAUUAUUAUUAAUGAAUGAUCUCUAUUAUGACGGCAGUGUAAACUCUGGGUUCAAUAUACGAUUAAAGGACACAUGACCUUAA